UUCCCCACAGCUGCAUGUCCUUGAAGUAUUAACUCACCCCCUGGAAAUCCCAAUCCCUGUUCCAUUUGGAGCUCCAGAAAAUCUGCUGCCUCGUUUAACUUGGUGCUUACUGGGGCUCAUCGUCAGAGUCCGUGGCAUUACAUCAGAAAACAGCUGACCCAGAGUUAAGCAGUUCCUCAUUCCCUGAAGGAAACCCUCGCCUUCUUCUCUACCUCACCCUCAACUGUUUAGGUAUUACACAAGAAGUGACCGAGCCGGAGAGAUGGUGCGUUAUAUCUGAGGUUGAUGGCAGCCCCGUGAAGAGAGGCAUCAGCAGGGUGCCAAAGAGGAAUUUAUGAAAAUGAGAUUUCAAGGAAUAUUUUUCAUGGUUUCUUUCGUGAUCAUGGUGCUGGAAUCUGAGUCCCUUCUGACAAGAAAGAAAACAAGAAUGAACAGCAUCUUGGACUGGGAAAGCCAUUUUGAUAAAAGAUUCCUAGCUUUUGGAUCAAAUCGGGAACAGGAAUAUGAGCUACUUCUUCAGGUGACUUAUCAAAAUGCAGUGGAAAAGGGGACUCUGAAGGAUUAUCUGAAUGAUCUGAAACCCUUGUGGCUCAAUGAAACACUGAAAAUCACUGGAGCCAAAGCUACUACAAGCUGCACCAAUGUGAGUGGGACCUUGAAAUGUGGUUGUGAAGAUGGAUAUUCCUGGUUCUCUCAGUCGUGCCUGGAACCACAGAAAUGUCAUCUCAACAUGACCGGAAACCCCCAGCUCUGCAGAUGCCAUCACAGCCAUCUCAAUGAGAGUAGAACCUUUUGUGAGAGGACAACGAUUUUUGGCAGUUUUAAAAUGAAAAGGAACUUUACAAAUGAUCUUCUGAAUUCAUCUUCAGCUGAAUUUUGCAGCUAUGCCACUGGCAUUGAAAUUCAACUUAAAGAAGCCUAUCGGGGGAUUCGAGGAUUUGAUUCCGUGCAUGUCACCCAGUUUCGGGAAGGAAGCAUUGUGGCUGGGUUUGAAAUUAUUGGUUCCAGCAGCACAUCUGAGCUAUUGCCUGCUCUCCAGAAGGUGGCCGGGAAAGCACUAAGAGCCUUAAAGGAGCACUAUCCAAUAGAAGACAGUUCCUUCCAGGUGAAAGGAAAAGCUGAGUGUAACGAUCAUGUUUUUGGCUUUGGUUUUGAGAAUGACCAAUACACUGUACCCUGUGGGGAUGGAUAUGUAGGAAACAUCACGGCCAAGUGCCAAUCCUCUAAGUGGAAGAUUGAGAAGGAAACUUGUGUACUCUCCCAGAUGGACGAACUGAAGAAGAACAUAACUGCUCUUCAAGGCCAACUCAGGGAAAACUCUCUGUCAACCAUAAUACGAACUCUGUCCACGAUGACUGGGAACACCACAACCACGGCAGGAAACUUGGGUUCCGUGGUGGAGAUUCUGGGCACGAUUUCCUCCCUGUCAUUGUCUAACCAGGUCAAAGUCUCUCGCUCAACGAUGGAGGAUAUCAUAAUGAUAGCAAAUCACAUCCUAAAUUCUGCAUCCCUAAGCAACUGGACUGUUUUGUUGAAGGAAGAAAAUAAUGCCAGUUCACAGUUGCUAGAAACCCUGGAAAAUAUGAGCUCUCUGGUUCCUUCUUCUGCUCUCCCACUGAAUAUUUCAAAAAAAUUCUUUAACUGGAUUGGGAUUCCAGGGAACGAGAAUCUGCAGCAUGACGGCUUCAGCUAUCAUGCCACAUUCUCCCAGGAUAACAACUCCCUGCCCAUCCACGGAGGACUGUCGAUUGGAAAAAGUCAGUUUCAGAAUGCUGUCCCGGAAACUCUCAUCAGCAUGGCCUCUCUCACCCUGGGAACUCUGCUGCCUGAUAAUUUUCAUAACGCUACUGAAGUCAAUGGGCUGUUGAUCUCAGCUGUUAUUCAGAACUAUUCUAUCAACGAAAUUUUCCUGAAUUUUUCUAAGAUCAACUCGACACUAAGCAGGCCUCAAUGUGUGUUUUGGGGUUUUAAUGACUUGGAAUGGAACAUGACGGGUUGCCAACUGAUGAAUGAAACCGAAGAAACUGUGACUUGCAGAUGCGCUCAUUUGACGUCCUUCUCCGUGUUGAUGUCUCCCUCUGUCCCUCACGCCUUCAAUCCAGUGGUGGAAUGGAUUACCUAUAUUGGGCUUGGGAUCUCCAUCGUUAGCUUAGUCUUGGCUCUGAUCACCGAAGCUGUGUUCUGGCAGGAGGCCAAGAAAAACAGAACGUCCUAUACCCGCCAUAUUUGCCUGGUGAAUAUAGCCCUGUCCCUUCUCAUGGCAGAUAUCUGGUUUAUCAUAGGCACUUCCACCAAAGGCCCAGAAAAUCACCUGGGGAUUUGCACCGCCGUGACUUUCUUUACUCACUUUUUCUAUCUCUCCUUGUUUUUUUGGAUGCUCACUCUAGGCAUUUUGAUGGCCUACCGAAUUCUUUUAGUCUUCCAUCAUAUGGCCAUGCCCAUCAUGAUGGUCAUCGGGCUCUCCCUUGGCUACGGAUGUCCUGUUAUCAUCUCCAUCGUUACUAUUGUCAUCACUCUUCCCAACGGUGCCUACAUCAGAAAAGAUACCUGUUGGCUCAACUGGGCUGAAGAGGCCAAACCACUUCUGGCCUUUGCCAUUCCCGCCCUGACCAUCGUAACUCUGAAUCUGAUCACCGUAUCAGUCGUCCUUAUCAGGUUACGGAGACCUGCCGUUGGGGAAGGACUGACCAGAGAUGAUAAGACCACCCUGAUCCGUAUCGGAAAAAGCGUCCUCAUCCUGACGCCACUUUUAGGACUGACUUGGGGAUUUGGGAUAGGCACCAUGGUGGAUGGUCAAAGUUUGGCUUGGCAUGUCAUAUUUUCCCUCCUCAAUGCCUUCCAGGGAUUCUUCGUCUUCUGUUUUGGAGUGCUUUUUGAUAAAAAGGUACGCAGAGUUCUGGGUAACAGGCUGUCUCUAUUAAGAUCAUUCUUGCAGCAGAUGAAGAAUGCAUCCUAUGAACCAGCAACACUCAAGUUCCCAAAGCCGUUUAACCUAUUUCGAAAAGGGGCAUAUACUGUUUCUGGAACAGGAGAAGCCACCAGUAGCUUCACUCUAAAUAUGAUUUCUUCAUCUGAAGACUGGCAAGUAAGGCUUGUUGAUACCAGGAAUUGCAAGUCACUGAGGAGCUACCCCAGACAACUUUAGUGGACUAUCCUGGAUAACAAUGAUUUAUAAUAAUAUUAAUAACAGUAAUAAUAUAAUUGUUCAUUGUUUUCUGUGUGUCAAGAACUUACACAUAAAAUUUGCUUUCACCA